AUGUCAAUAUCGCAGGGGCUGAGAGCCUCAAGUCGAGGUCUUAAUAACUGUCGGCAAGUCCUAGUCCUUGGUAGACGAGAUGUGCGACACUUCUCUCACAAUGCCACUCGCUCUUCAAUGUUCCAGUCGAAAACAACGCGGCGCGCGACACCCACUACUAUAAAACAAUCACAACAGAUCCGCUCCUUGUCAUUAUUUGGAUGGGGCUCUAAGAACGCUCCGGACGAGUUUGCAAACGCUCAUUCUUCAUCGCUGACGCCUCCGAUUGGUAGCACCACCACCGAAGCCUCUCCUUCAUCACAAAAUGUCAUCAAUUCUACUCGAACGGUGAAAGCAUCCCAUGCCACUUCAGAAGCCCCUGAUCCCUCCUCCAGCAGUCCAACCGAAGCUCUACAAGACUUGGAAGAUUUAAUACUCAAACCGCACGGCGCUACUCUACCGUCGGAUCCCACGGGGGGCACCCCUGAUCUAGCUUCGAUUCCGGAAGGCAUUGGAUAUUUGAAAAAUGUUUGUGGUCUAGAUUUUGGAUGGGGCACGUCCACCAUGAUGGAAUUCUGUUUAGAACAUCUUCACACCACGGCGGGACUGUCCUGGUCCGUGUCGAUCAUAGCACUUUUAUUCUUGAUCCGGGGCUUCAUCUUUCCUUUUUCCGUCAGCGCAUCUGACCAGAGCGCCAAGCUGAGAGAACUCCAACCGGUUCUCGCGCCGCUCAACCAAAAAGUCCAAGCUGCUCUUCGGGAUGGUAAUCGACAACUCGCCAUGAUAACACAAACACAAGUCAAUCAGAUCAGAAAGGAAUCUGGAGUGUCCCUUCGAAAAGCAUUUAUGCCUCUUCUUCUACAGUUACCCCUGCAAAUUGGAGCAUACCGUGUCUUGUGGGGUGCUUCACAUCUCCCCGUUCCCGCUUUCGAAACCGAGUCAUUGCUUUGGUUGACCAACCUGUCCGCCGGCGAUCCACUAUGGCUCUUACCUGUUCUGACUGGGGCAAUCACAUAUGUCAAUAUUGCUACUAUGCAAAAAGGACAGGCGCAAAAUCCUUCGAUGACCAACAUCCAAAACUUUAUGAAGGUGCUUUUCCCUGCCGGCUCGUUCGUGUUUCUCUGUUUCCAACCGGCAGCAAUUCAAAUGUACUUCUUCGUGAGUGGCAUUUUUACACAAAUACAAACUUCGAUAAUCCAAAACCCCUCGUUCAGAAAAUGGCAAGGGUUGACCCCCUUGACGAAUCUGCCGACACCCGGACCUGGAGCAGGACCAACCUCACCAGGGACGACACGCUCCUCUAGAUUCGCCAAAAUGAAUGUUGCCAAACCGAUCGAACCAAUCCCCGAGACACCACGUCCGGAGCCUUCUUCCGGCCCUUCUCCUGAUGCUGCAAACCGCAGCAUCAUUGACAAAGGGGUGGAUCAGAUCAAGGAACUUGGACAAAACACAUGGAAAAGCACAAUUGGCUCCAUGGGUGAAACUUGGCAGAGAACCAAACAGGAAAAAAUGGAAAAGGCUAAGGCUGACAAAUUGAAAGCCGAAAUUGCAAGAUACGAGGCCCACCGAAGACAGGAUUUGGAGUUGGAGAGAGAAAAUCGAAAUGCCGCGGCCGUAGGGCCUAUGCGAGUGAAAGGGAGUUGGACAGCACCAUUGGCGUCCAAGCAAAAGAAGACGGAUUGA